AUGAAGGCAAUCAUCCAACGUGUGCUCUCUGCGUCUGUGACGGUAGAAAAAGAGCUGGUCUCCUCCAUUGGUCGAGGCGUGUUGGUGUUUGCGGCUGUUGCGCCGGGCGAUACAGAGAAAGAGGCCGAUUCACUGGCCAACAAAGUCGUCAAGAUGAAACUCUGGGAUGAUGAACAGGGGGGACGAUGGAAAAGGAGCGUGACAGACAUUGAGGGCGAGGUUCUUUGUGUCUCUCAGUUUACGCUGUUGGCAAAGACGAAAAAGGGCACCAAGCCGGACUUCCACGGCGCAGCGAGCCCUGAAGAAGCAAGCCGGCUGUAUCGUUACUUUGUCCAGAGGGUCAAGGACAUGUACCAGGUGGACCGAGUCAAGGACGGCAAGUUCCAGGCCAUGAUGGAGGUUGCGCUGGUCAACGACGGGCCGACCAUCCCACGCAUCACCUCGCCCGCAACCACCCCCCCGGACAAGUCAUCCUUGACCCAUGCAAUGCGUGAUCCCCUCCAGCUUCUUCAUGCGCUGCGGCCCAGAGCCCGACCAGCCACUCAUCUGUGCAGCCGGUGCUAG